AAUGGCGGGUCGUGGUAGGGGAAGAGGUAGAGGAAUUGCUUUACCUGAAACUCGGCCCGGAGAAACAUCAGGCGAUCUAAAACCUGCAAAAAUACAAAGCGAAGAAACCAAACAACCAAUUCCUGAACCAAAACUUUACGAUUUUGAGGAACUUUGUGGAGAAUUCAAGGUUUUAAAAGUGACAAGUAGCCAAGAUGAGGUAAAAGAUCUCGUCCAAAAAGCAAAAGAUUCCACCAAAACUGAUGAAAACUUCUCACAAAUAAUCGAGAUUUUGUACCAGAAUGUCUUUAAGGAUAACGAAACUGCAGAAAUUGCAGCACAAGUAGGAAGUCAGUUGAGUUCUCUAGAGGGAAUUGGAGGAAAAUUUCGAUCUUGUUUACUGAAACGCGCACAAGACCAUUACAAGAACAGAGAGAAUCUGAGCAAAGACUCUCUUUCUGAAUGGACAGGACUUUUGUCUUUACUUUGUGAAAUUUUUCGAGUCUUGAAGAUCAGUGGACAACCCUUCAAGCCUCUAGCAGGCCCGAUCUCCGAGAUGAUGGGAGAGAUAUUACUCAAUGUUGAUGAUGGAGUCAAAAUUGAGUGUUUUUACCAAAAUUUUAAAAAUGUUGGGAAAAUGUUACAAGCCAUUGACAAGACUAAAAUGGAAUUCUUGAUGUGUAAGAUAAGAGAUUCCAUCAUAAGCGAGCAAUCAAACCCUGAGACAAGAUGUAUGCUUAUUGAGCUUCUGGAACUACAUGCUUCAAACUGGAUACUGAAUCAAGAUGUGCAGCGCUUCUACUGCGAUGCAAUGGCUGACAUCCUUGCGCUGCAGGGAUAGUACAGCUGUACUUCCAUGUGUAAAGUGAGAGUGUUCAUCAAGACCAGGAAUCAUGCAUUCUUCUUGGGUUCUUAGGAUUCUGGGAAGGUGUGAGUCAGCUAAUCAAGUACAUGUAGUAUACUCUUUGUUAUCAGGGAGCAUAAUUUAACUUUAUUAAUAUUCUAUAAUAUUUUAUUCCCAUUUAAUUAAUUCUUUUUAUAACUGUAUCUAAAAUAAAGGUUGCAUCUUGGGGCAUCAAAACGGGGCUCAAGACACAGGGAUACCAUAAUGUAAUUUGUAAUUUGCUUUAUUAAAAGGAUUGCAAUCAU